AUUUCAAAAUUCGGCAAAAUAGUUUAUUUAAGAAUUAUUUGGCGCGCUAGAUGAUUUUAAAAAUAGGGGAAACAUGUUAGGCAUUAUAAGUUGAACAUCUUGAAUAUAUCCAAAUGUGCUCGUGAAUCAAUUUCUUUUAAAAUGAGUGUUUUACCGCUCUGAUUAAAAAGAAUAAGAAAAUGGUGGCAAUGGAUGAAGGCUUUAUUCACACUUAUUGUAGUCAUUCAGUCUAAGUUGUACUAUGUACAAUUAUGUAUGUGGCGUGUGCAAAUCGCUUGAGGUGCAGCUUGUUUACUGAGAGUGAUUUGGUAUGCAGUUCAAGCAAUGUACAGUGGGUUUAUAAGGUCUGAGUCGAAGGCCCCAGCAGCCAGUACUCUCUUCUCUAUUUAAAUGUGGUAUUAAAUACUAGUUUUAAUAUAAUAAAAUAAUUUAUACGGUCCGGAUUUGCAUUGACGCCUUAAGCCAGAUUGGCUAAAAAAAAACUUAUUAAUACAUUGCAAUAAUGUAUGUGCUUGGGUUAUUGUUGCCAUAGACCGAGGCAAAGUUGGUGAGUUCAUCAGUUUCUUUUACCAAUUGCAUUUAAGCAAAUGUUUCAGCGAAUGAGUUGAAUAAUAUUCAUUAUAUUUGGAAACAACGCUCUACGUAAACAUAUUCAGAUGAGAAUAUCAAAGUUAAUAAAUAGGUUUUUAAUUGAUUAUGCUUAUUUCCAAUCUGAAUUUUCUUAUGCAUUUGUUUUGAACGAUCACAUUCGUUUAUAUUAAUUUAAACAUUAAAUUUCAUACGAUUUUUGGGUUUUUAUGUGGUUUCCGGAAAAGAAUUUUAGUUAAAUUUGAAAUAAUUUUAUAGCGCCAAAAAAUUUAAAUGCAAUAAUCAGCUUCCCACUUUCAAUAAAAAUACCAAAAUAUUAGUUAAAACAGGUAACCCUUUAAUAUUAGUGUAGUAUCGUUCCUUUUCGUCUAGUUGACUAUGUGUGAUUAUUCAUUCAUAAGAAUUUUUAAAUACCAAGGUACAUAUGUAUUAACUUUUUGCACAGAACAAAAAGCAGAAUGCCAUUUAUGAGGCAUGGUCCGGUAUUCAUAUGUACAUACAUAAAAUUCGGUUAUUAACUUUGUGCCUCCAGGAAACGUAUGUCACAUGCAAAAUGAGGUAUCUCCGACCCUAUGAAGUAUUUAACAUAUUUACCAAAUGUGCCAAAUAUUUGGUACAUACAAUAAUAAAUAUAAUUUUUAUGAUACUUGAAAAAUGGGAAACUUAUAGAAAUUGCUUUGGCUGACAAUUUGGUAUAUUUUACUCUAUGGUGUACUUUAAGUAUAGUACUAUAUUAAUAAACCAAAUAAAGCCUGAAGGGUAUAUUUUAGUAUAUCUGCAUUAUUUUGGUAUUUUUUAAAAAUUAGCCUGGCCUGUUUUGCUUUUAUUAACAAUGCGUUGCGGAUAUCUCACAAUCGAGCAGACUCGAUGGUAGUUUUAUUAUUUGUUUUUGUCGAAUAGGGUACUCAAUAUUCGUAAAAAUUGUCACAGGCCCAAAACAAUAUUAAAGAGCAUAGAUUUAGAUAUGGUAGCAAGUACAGCAAUAAAUGCCCCACAUUUGGAUCUUGGGGCAACUCGGCAAUGUGUAUGUAUGGCAACAUUUCCCAUGCCUGCGCGCAAUCCAUAUCUGAAAAAUUAAAAAAAAGAAUUAGAAUGCAUAUUGUUGCGCAGUUUGGUUUUAAUUACAUUCAUUUGGCUAAAAGCCCGGUCGACUUCGGCAUUGGAUCAGGCCGUUUUCGAGAAAAUUCAAUUUUUGUGAUUAUUGCCAAACUAAUAUUACCAUGGUGGCAACACAUGUUACGGCCGAAAGUUGGGCCACCCUUUAUGAACUUGGUGGCAACUCUGGAACAUAACUAAAUACUCAGCAGAACUGGAGGUGUCGAUUGGCCACAGUAUAAACUUUUAGGAUAAUUGUAUUUUGUUGGCACUGUGGCAACUCUGUCAUCCACCUAUUGCCCAUAUGCUGGCAACACCAAACGAUCAGCUGCAAACACAAGAGGAUUAGUUGGGCAACCCGCGAAUGGAUCGCAGCCAACUUCAUGGCGAAGCCACUUAAUUUUGUGCUUUCAAUUUCAUCAGACAUAUACGUUUAUAAUAUUCAAUAAAGCUAAGUUAAAAUACAACGGCGUUUCCAUUAAAUCUCCCACACUAAUGAAGACGCCAAAGUGGUGACCCCGACUGCAAAAACACAACUACAAUUUACGUUCAGUGGAAUGCCAAGCUCAUGACACUGAAGACGCAUUUUUUGGCGCAAACAUGCAGGCACACGAUCAAAACCUCGCAGAACAACUGCGGGAUCUGAAACAGCAACUCGAGCAACUGGAGACACAUGGCCAACCAGCUGGAUUCUCAUCGCAAUGCGUGCAGCUUCGCAUUCCGAAAUUCAACAAAACAAAUCCUCAGCUUUGGUUCUCUCAGUUGGAUCGCCUAUUUCAUCUGCAUAAUGUCACUGACGAUAACAAAUUCGACAUUAUAUCUGUGAAUUUGGAGGAGGAUGUAAUUGCCAAACUGGAGGAUCUGAUCGCAUCGCCACCGCUUACAAACAAAUAUGCCACUUUAAAGCAACGCGUGCUUGACAAAUUCGCAGAAUCAUCAGACUCAAAGCUGAAAAGGCUUUUGCGUGGCGGCGAAACUGUUGGCAAGAAACCGUCAGACAUCCUUGACCACAUGCGGCGCUUAGCACCAACCACGGGCUGCGAGGCAGUUAUUCGAUCGUUGUUUCUGGCGGAGCUUCCAAACUCGAUCAGACCGUUCAUUUCGGUAUGGGACGAGAACAACCUUGACAAAUUGGCGGAGAUUGCAGAUAAAAUGCUUGAAGCUAGCGAGCCAGGUUCUGCAUUUGUUGAGUCAACGGCACUAACAGAGCAGCAGUACCAAGUUGAUGCUCUGAGCGGCAAGCAAACCGGCAUGUCAGAAGUAACAUCGGCAUUACAAGCGCUCACUACAAAAGUCGACAAGCUUCAGGACGAGCUACGCCAAUCAAACCAUGCCCAAUUGUCACGGCAUACACGUGAUAGCUCUAAUGAUGUCGUUUCAAAACUGUGUUUCUACCACACUAGAUUCGGUGAGAAUGCUCGCAAGUGCCAGCCAGCAUGUCCACGCUACCAGUCGUCAAACUAAAGACGCUACCGUUGACUCAGCUGGUAAACGGUAGCGCAGAAACCACCACCAGCCACAAAACUCCAAACGACAUUCAACAAAUUGGCCUGGACCGGCGUCUACACAUCAAAGAUCGCUUGUCAAACCAAUCAUUCCUCAUUGAUUCCGGAUCAGUGGUGUCAGUGAUCCCACGCAGCAUGGCACCGCACACACGCAUCAACGGCAGACUUUAUCUGUAUGCCGCCAAUCAAUCUACAAUCAAAACCUACGGAAAUUGUACUCUUCAGCUCGACCUGGCCCUGCAUCGCUCGUUCACAUGGCCAUUCAUCACCGCUGAUGUACAAACACCUAUAAUCGGCGCAGACUUCCUUGCCGCACAUCAUCUCCUCGUCGACGUCAGUGAACAACGAUUGCUUGACAACUCAAAGUCAACUCACCAUGGCACCACUGACCCGUCACACGACUUACAAAAAUCUCUGGAACUCAAGUCACCGAAUUUGUCAGCUGAUGUGCAAAAGAUCGACAAAAUGGUUUCUCUCGAGCAAGUACAUGCACACAACGUUUGUCACUUCAUUAAAACAAGCGGCGCACCUGUAGCUGAGCGACCUAGACGAUUAUCUGGCGAGAAACUUGCUUCAGCCAAAUCGCAAGUCAAUACGCUCAUUGAUAAGGGAAUUUGCCGUUACUCCAAAAGCCCAUGGGCCAGUCCCUUGCACAUGGUGGCUAAAAAGGAUGGAUCUUGGCGCGCUUGUGGCGAUUACCGCCAGCUGAAUGGAAUUACGGUUCCAGACCGUUAUCCGAUUCCACACAUUCAGGAUUUUGCUGAUCGCCUUCACAAUAAGAAAAUUUUCACAACGCUUGAUCUCGAAAAGGCUUACUACCAAAUUCCAAUGGCGCAGGAGGACAUAGAGAAGACGGCUAUUUGCACUCCAUUUUUUAUUUGGACGUUGACGUACUAACGGCAGUACCAUCAAGUGGCCCAGCGAUACCAAGCACGGGCUUGUUGACGCGCGGACAAAACAAAAUAAAUUUGUAAACAGCAUGCAUUAAACGAAAACCGCGAAUAAAUAUUAAAAGACGCUGGACAGCUAAUUAAAUUAGAUUAAAAAUAUGUUAGAAUAAAUGUAUAAUAAAAUAAAUAACAAUUAACAAUUAAAUACUCGAUAAAUAAGCUAAUAAUAAGGUUUUAAGCAAAGGAAUAGAUUUACUAGAGCAAACUACGUUAUUGAGAUUAUUAUAGUUCACACACAGAAUACGGAAGGGAUUAUGGCAAGCAAAGUUAGUAGAUCUACGUGAAAUGAGAAGUGGAAGAAAAUUCCUAGUGAUCCUGACAGGAACUGCAAAACUAAUUUGACUUAACAGCUCCAAAGAGUCUAUUUCACCAUUAAUUAGUCUCUGUAUAAAAACAACAC